GCUACCACGUGACAAGGAAGGAGGCUUUCCAUUUUCGUUCCUUAUGGAGCAGCCUUCACACACAUGUAGCGGGAUUUGCAGCUGUUUGUGCCACCAUGUCUUUUAUUAAAGCCAUUUUUAAGCUGCUCGUGUUCGCCUCAGUCGCCGUCCUGGUUGUGGUGUCGCUUCGGAACUGGAUGGCCACCAAGGAGUAUGUUUUUAAUAAAGAAGAUAUCGCCAAGUUGGUCAAACAGUACGCAGGGCAAGACCAUGAACACGCCUUCACCAAAGUAGUAGUGGAGCUCAGGAAAAGGUAUCCCGGCCGUAUUCUGCCCGAUGAAGACCUGCAGUGGAUUUUUGUGAAUGCAGGAGGCUGGAUGGGCUCCAUGUGUCUCCUCCACGCCUCUUUGACAGAGUACCUGCUGCUGUUCGGCACUGCAGUAGACACAAGCGGACACUCAGGACGAUACUUUGUUGAGAUUUCUGACACCAUCAUCUCAGGCACGUUCAGGCAGUGGAAGGAAGGAACCACCAAAAGUGAAAUUUACUAUCCUGGUGACACCAUUGUUCAUAAAGUGGGGGACGCCACCGCCGUGCAGUGGACUGCUGGGACCUGGAUGGUGGAGUAUGGCAAAGGGUUCAUCCCCUCCACGCUGGGCUUUGCUUUUGCAGACAGCCUGUUCAGCACGCAAGACUUCCUGACCAUGUUCUACGUUGUACGUGUGUACGUGAAGGCUCUUGUGAUGGAGGCCGGCACGCUGCUUACAGAAGCUGGAGUUUUCUGAGGACAUCAAAACAUGGUUCCGAGUAAAUAAAUUCUGACAUCUGAGUUGCCUACAACUCAGCAUUUUUUGAAUAUCCAGAUUGCACUAGCAUGUAAAUUUAAUCCAAAAAAAGUUCUAUCAUGUACAUAAUUUCUUUUUGGAGUUUGUAUUUGAUCAAACUUAAUUCAGUUUAAGAUAUAUUCAAAACGUCCAUGAAACACUUUAUGGUGAUUCCAUCUCACUGCGCAGAGAGACAGGAAGUCUCCGCAUCACUUCCUGUUCACUAAAUGUAUGGGAGCUCAGGCUAAUUUCAGUCCUUAAAUAAAUAUACAUAUGUGUAUCAUUUCAGGAUCUGUCUAUGACAUGGCUUUAUAAACUAACUUGUUUUGAAAAGCAUUUUUAUAUUAGAUCUUUGUUCAUAACAAUUAUUUGGAAAUGAGGAAUCUAUCAAAGUCCAAAAAUAUAUAUGUUUAAAUGAAAAUCUAAAAUUACCUGCAAAAACCAGCAUUCACAAGUGUGUUUUUUUACUGUUAAAAGUUUCUUCAUUAACAAAAGUCUUAAGUUUGACUUUAAAGUCUGAUAAUAUCCUUCCAAAUUCAAGUAGAAACCAGCAUUUUUUUUUUUUUUUUUUACUGUUAUAUUGAUGUGCAGUUCAUGUUUGGAGGAGAGAUGGGAGAAUCACUAUAAACCUGUGCUGAUUGAUUCAGUAUUCUACAGAAUGGUACGUCUAAUUAAGAAUCAGUGGUGGGAAGCUGAAGAUUGACACGAAUAACUUGUUGUUUUUUUUUGUUUUUUUUUUUUUAAGUGAAUUUUUGCACCUGUUGACUCUAAGAUGGAUAAGGAGAACGAUGGUCUAUCUGUCCACAUUUCACUGUUUUGCAAAUGUAAUUUAACUGUUUUACUUUUUAUCGUUCAAACAAAAAACUGCUGCUAUAUUAAUGGUUAAUAUCCCUUUUUUUCUAUUGAUCUCUUAAGGACACUGUAACUGUUUAACGAUGGAGAUGAUACUCUAUGUGAUUGAUAAUGAUUGAAAACUGACAAUGCCAAAAAUAAAUGUUUGUUUUUUUCUUGGUA